AAGCUUCAUCGUCGUCUCUUUCUCUUUCAAUUUCAUCGUUUCUGAGACACAGCGAGAGAGAGAGAGAAAUCUAAUUUCGUGAAGAGGAAUUUUUGAUUUUCGAGUAAGUUAUCAAUGGAAGAGAUCACGGAAGGAGUGAACAACAUGAACUUGGCCGUUGAUACCCAGAAGAAGAAUCGGAUUCAGGUUUCCAACACUAAGAAACCUUUGUUCUUCUACGUCAAUCUCGCCAAGAGGUACAUGCAGCAGUACACUGAUGUUGAAUUGUCUGCACUAGGAAUGGCCAUUGCUACUGUGGUUACGGUUGCUGAGAUAUUGAAGAACAAUGGCUUUGCUGUUGAAAAGAAGAUCAUGACCUCCACUGUGGAUAUCAAGGAUGAUUCAAGGGGUCGUCCUGUGCAGAAAGCUAAGAUCGAGAUCACACUUGGAAAGUCUGAGAACUUUGAUGAACUAAUGGCUGAAGCAGAGAAGGAGGCUGCAGAAGCUCAAGAGCAGAACUAAAUUGUUUUUUUUAAAGCUUUUUUUGGUUCAACGAUCUUAUAAUCUUCGUUUUCCCAUCUCUCUGCUUAAUUAAGAAGACACUUUUAUUUGUUUUUUAUUUCGUUAAUUUUUGGUUCACUUCUUAAAAUGUUAUCUUGGAUUUUGUUCUCUGUACCUGUGAACAUUUAUUUUAAUUUGAGUA